CACCUUGCCUAUUUCUGCCGUGAAGCAGUAAUGCGUUUCGGUUUGAAGGGUGGGGCAGCCAUUGUAACUAUACUGAGACCUUAGAACCCAUAUCUCAAAGUGGGUGGCGCAUUUAUGUUGUAGAUGUCUAUAGGCUCCGGUAACCACUUAACACAAGGUGGGCCGUGAUCUCGUCCACCAAUCUAGCACAAGAAAAAAAAAAUUACAAUGAUAAAAAUCGGCUUGGCUCUGCCCCUGGCAUUGCUGAGGUCCAUGGGCGACGGUACCACUCACCACCAGGUGGGCCGUAUGCUCGUCUGCCUACAAGGGCAAUAAAAAAAAGCUUAACACCAGGUGGGCUGUGAGCUAGUCCACUCAUCUAAGCAAUAAAAAAAACCAGGCUCCUGUACCUUCAGUACCAGGGGCACAGGCAAAGCUGCUGAUGUGGCCUUCUCGAGCCUCGUUUGAAGAAAUAUUCUGAGCGCUGUGAUAUGUACUUCUUCAAACGAGGUUGCGAGUCUCCUCAGUGGUAGGCUUAGUGGGAUCCCUGGUAUAGCUUAAAUCUUUGGAACUCGUUAACCGUCCACCAAUAAAUGGGUUAGCUCUUCUAUCAUCUGAUGUCAUAUCGCUCGACAACCACUAAGGACGUGAGUGCUAUUUGGACAUAUUUUUGAACGUAACUAAAAUCCCUGGUCUCAUUGACAACGAUCAGUCACUGUUAACAGGCCGUGCCAAAAACUGUGUGUAGUAAAGAGGUCUUAUCUAAGACUGAGCCCAAGGGCAUAACACCUAGACGUGAGGCCUUUCACUCAAAUCGACUAUAGUAGAAAUAAGGUUCAAAGUAUGUCUAAUUGAUACCAUUAUCUUGCUUUUUUCUGUUUUUCAGUUCAAAAUGUAUUCCAAGGUGUUGUUAUCCGCUGCACUCCUUGUAUGCGUGAACGCUCAAGUUUCUAUGCCUCCUGGUUACGCAGAGAAGUAUCCGAUCACCAGCCAAUUUUCAAAGUCAGUCCGACACCCUCGCGAUAUUCACGACUUUGUCACUUGGGACAAGGAAAUGGGGGGAGGGAAGGUCUUCGGGACUUUGGGAGAGAGCGACCAAGGACUUUUUGGUAAAGGUGGUUACAACAGGGAGUUCUUCAAUGAUGACCGCGGCAAACUGACCGGACAGGCUUACGGCACCAGAGUAUUAGGGCCUGGAGGCGACAGUACCAGUUACGGUGGUCGUCUAGACUGGGCCAAUGAGAACGCCAAGGCUGCUAUUGACUUGAACAGGCAAAUUGGUGGCAGCGCUGGGAUAGAAGCAUCAGCUUCCGGCGUGUGGGAUCUUGGUAAGAACACUCACUUGUCAGCCGGCGGAGUGGUCUCUAAGGAGUUCGGUCACAGAAGGCCUGAUGUCGGUUUACAGGCCCAGAUUACUCACGAGUGGUAAUUGUCAACACCAUUAUCGGCCGUCUGCUAUAUAAGUGCCGCUUAGACAAGCAUUCUUGCCUCGUAAGCCUAGAAGUAUGAAUAAAAUUUUGUCUAAAAAAAUUGUUAUAAAAAUCGAUUGAUUUGUAACUAUUUAUCUGCGUUCUGUAAUUUCCUCUUUAAUCACCAACAUUCAUCUAAUAUUUUUUAAAUAAGAAUAAAAAUAAAUUUCUUAAUAUAAA